GUCUACACUCCACCACAAUUCCCUCACUAACAAUGGCCGAGCCCAAUCUCGCUACCCUCCCAAUUGAGCUCCUGCACCAUAUCCUCUCCUACUCAAUAGGAUGCCGCGAAACCGAAGAACGGGCAACCAUAGGCACUGUCUCCAAACCCCACAUCUCCUGCCCCCUCUACAACAUCGCCGCCACCUGCCGCCACCUCCGCGAUGUCGUGGAGUCCUUCACCAAGCACCUCCUCCUCUCCCACCGGAGCGUCACCAAAUUCAAGGCCCUAGCGAACUACAGCAGAAAAUACAUCCCCGUGAGCACCGACGCGGCUAUAAAGUCCAAGACCCUCCGCACCUACCGUUGCGCGUGGGUAAAAUGGGUGAUGCGGAACUGCGCGUUCUGCGGGAAGGCGUCGACCAGGCGGGCGCUGAUGGAUGAUACGUUUCAUUGUUGUCAGAGCUGUGAUCGGAAGGAGUGGCCGGAUAAGAUUACCAUGACGGUCGCCCUCCAAACCUUCAAUCUCACCAAGCUCGACCUGUUCACGCCAAACCCCCUCUUCCCAACGACCUGGAUUCCGCCGAUACGCUAUGCGGUCUAUGACUGUGUAGGUGUCGAGACGACUGUGUUCAUGAAGGAAGACGUUGAAGUUCGGGCGAAGCUGAUACAUGGGGAGGAUGGGCUGGAGGACCAAAAGAAGAGGAAGAAGCGGAGGAUGAAGAUCGAGAGGGCGACGAAGAUGAGGAUCUUGCGGGGCAGGUGGGUGUUUUUGGCGUGCAACAAGGAUGUGGAACGUGGGUGGUGGCGAAAUUACACGACUGAAGAAGAGUGGGAGGAGCGGUGCCACGCAGAGUUUCGCAAUAGUCAGGUGAGUAAGCUCAUCACGGCGGAGCGCGAGAGGGAUGGGUUGAGAUGAGCGGUGUGGGUGGGCAUGGAGUUCACGGUUUGGCAGGCGCUCUUACAUUCGGUAUCUAUCUUCAUAGUACCUUUCGGCGACAGAGAUCUGGACAUUAUUAUACCCCUUUUUAGCAGCCCAGCGGCGAGGCCCCUUUCUAUACCUUCCGGCUU